UUUACCUGUGAGAGGCAAAUGGAUAAAUUUCAAGUUGACAGUUUCUGCAAUAUGGCUGAUUGGACAGCUGUAAAGGAGCAGGCGGAUGAUCUGAUUGCAUUAUAUACCUCUCGGUCAAGUUCACAGAUUAGAAUGAAAGACAAUCAUGAAUCACAAAUAUGGUUUCCCCAAACCCCAGGACAUGCAGAUGGAGAAACCACAUUCUGUACUUCAGAUAAUUUACAGAGUUGUCUCACCUUCCUUGAUCAGGAACUCCAGGUGAUUGGUUUUGCUUCCUUCCAGCCAGAGGCCGGUGUUGCCGUGUCAACAGUUGCCCUGGUGAACAGAUUGUAUGAUAUUCUCAGAUUAUACCAGAGGAGCAACAGAUUGAAAGAAGAACUGGAAAAUAGAUUACAUAGAUGUAACAGUGAGCGAGAUCACUACAUAUCCACCAACGCCAGGUUGAAGAGGGAGAGCGAGGGGGUGGAGAAGAACCUGGCUCGGCAGGAGGAGAAACACAGGCAGCUGGCUCUCAAACACAAAACACUCGCUGGCAAACACAAAACAGAUAAAGAGGAGGUGAAGCGCCUUCAGUCUGUGCUACAGCAGAAAGAUGUUCAGUCUCGGCAUGAGAUGAAGAAACAUGAGAAGGAAGCCAUCAAACUGAAGGAUCGACUUCAUCAACUUCUAGCAGAUAAAAACCCAGCUCGUAAAAUAGGUAUGAGUAUGAUGAAUGUGCUUCAGAGAGCAGACGGUCAGAGAGCCACGUGGCAGAACUCAGGACACAAAAAGGAGGAAGAGAUGUACCAGCUGGUUAUUGACAAUUAUGAGGGCAAGCAGAAGGAGUUGAUGGUUGAGAACAAUGAUCUCCGCCAGUGUGUGAUGCACAUGCAUCGAGAACUUGCUUCAGUCCUUGACAGAACUUCCAACUCUCAGCCCAUCCCUCCACCUGAAGCUGAGUUGUCCCAGGAUGCCUUGUCAUCCUCGUCGGAAGAGGAGGAAAUUGACGAUGUCAGCUCUGUUGUAUCUUCACGCAUGACAGUUGACGACCUUGAGUUGUCGGAGGGUCAUUUCCAAAUGCCAUAUGACAUUGUCCGAACAGACUUUGAGAAACAAUUCAAAACAGUAUGCAAGAAAAUAAGAAAGAAAAUGAAGAAAACAGCUGACAUUACUCCAGCUUCAGUGAACAAAAGUCGAAUACUCCCCCUGGUGAGCAAGGCGGAGACCGAUCGGACAAGGGAGGAGCUGGAGAGACUGAACUGUCAGAUGACCAAGUACAAGAAGAUCAUCAAGCAGCAGGAGGAGCUCAUUCAGCAAUCCAUCCAGUCCCAGACCAAGUCAGUACAGAGUACAUUCCUGCAUGAAACUCAGCUCCUGGAUGAGAAGGAAUGUCUGUCAGAACAGAAGAAAUUCUUCUACCAGGAGAAGGCCAACUUCGAGGAGGAGAGACGCAAGUUUACAGAGGCAGCCAUCAAACUGGGCAGGGAGAGACAAGCAAUCCAGAAUGAAAGGUCCAAUUUGCUUUUGAAACAGUUUUUCAACCUUACUCCAUUCAAAGAGGCAACAAGUCCUAUGCCAAAGAAAGAGGGUGCCCGCCUUCUUCCUGCCACGCCCUUCUUCUCCCCUGCCCCGGGGGGUAAGGCCAAAACUCCGUCCACAACAGACUUCUACAGAAGCCUUGGUAUUACUCCAGUGGUCAGCAAUGGCUGUGGAGUGAGGAAAGCAGCAAGCGUUGAAUCCGUCCGAACCACAGCAUCCAAGCGUUCAGCUAGCAGCACCCACAGCUCUCCAGCCUCUCUACAGCUCAUGUCCUCAGAUAACAUAGACUCCCUCAGGAUGAAACUCUUCCAUAAGGCCAAUUCCACAGCUAAAGAUAUGGAGGAUGAAUCAUAGGUUAUCUCCCCUGGGCACAGUGAACAUUUGAAAAAACGAUAACAGAUUUCAACAUUAUCGUUUGAAAUUUAUUCAUUAUCACAUGGAUACAGAGCCUAACACAUGACAGUACAAACAUUCAUGAAGAUGUUGAUGCUGUUGUGAAGACUGAUGCAUUAUGUUUAUAUUGACACAAAUGGCCGAUUUGAAAAAAUUUGUACAAUUAUGCAUUCUUGGACAAAGUUAACUUUCAUUUAUCUUUAACAGUAUAUAUAAGGAUUUUGUUUAUUAUUUACUCUAAAUUGAAGGCCUGAAAGUUUAUUUCAGGAACUGUAAUUAUUUACAAUCUUUAUAUGUGAUUACGGAGCUUGGUGCUAAUUUUUUGGAGGGUAUUACAACGUGAACAGAUAUAACAAAGUGGAUCAAAAUAUCUUUUAAUUGUUUGAUGACUUUGCCACACUGAUAAGCUCUGUGAGGCCAAUUCAGGAUUAUAUCAGGUAUGCUUCACAACCUUUCCAUGUCCUCACCAUUCCAUAACUGACUCGUGUAUAAGCAACUAUCAUCUACCCGAGGCAAGGGCGUUAACUGACUCUGAAAGUCCAGUUUCCACCCUUGUCGAACUAGACUGGAAUUUCCAGGCUCAAUCGUAGCGCCACCAGUGGCUAUUGCUAGUUAUAUGUCCCUCCUAUUGACCAAUCAGAUUCCAUGUCACACAUCACUUGCAUUUGCUUCAAACAAAAUAUUCCGCAAAGUGCAUCAAAUCACCUUUAUUAAAAACAUCAAAAGAUUUGCAAAAUGUCUGUCGACGCCCAUUUGACAUAACACAUGCUUUGCAAAUCCUGCAGUUGACCAAAAUCUGGACAUUGAAAUCAAAGUUGUUUAUGAACCAGAUUUUUAGUUCGUUUAGCAAUUUUGAUUGGACUCUGCAUAGACUUAUUAGUCCAGCGAAAAUGUAACUCCAGAAAUCCAGCCUAGUUCGGCAAGGGUGGAAACUGGAGUUUUAUAGUCAGUUAACGCCCUUGCCUCGGGAAUAUGUGUGACUAUAGGGUAGCUGCCAUGAACCACUUCUAUCCUUAUACAGGCAGCAUGCACUAACAUCCCUGUUUUACAAUAUUUGGACAACUCUCUUGUUUUAGAAAUUGUGAAUUGUAAAUAGAAUGUUUUAAUAGUGCCUAUGAAACUAUUUUGUCAUGCGAUCUCAUCCAUUGAAUAUUUACAACUAUAGUAUUGACACAGGCAGUUAAUUGACAGUGAUUUGCUAUUGACAAGCUGACACAGUUUGUGUGUGAAUUGAGUUUGUUAUGUAUGUUACAUAUCAAGUAUUUUGUGUUGUGGUGCCUAUGUCAAAACUGAUAUAAACUGUGUUUUAUGUAUCAAAGAAUGUGUUUGACUGUGGUGCGUAUGAUUUAACAGCUAUGAACAGCUGUCAUAUAUAAUUAUUAUCAACCUACAUCUGCAGAUACAUGUAUUAGGGUUUGGGGGUGCUGUUGGUUCUCUGUGCAAGGUUGCCUCCCUUUGCAGUGCUAGGCUCUGCUGGUGAAGAUUAACCUUGAUUAAGAUCCUCAGUCUGACACUGUCAGCACCCCACACAUGCUGAUCUGACUUGACCAAAGUGGUAAACGUCAAUAACCUUAUUCACUUUGGUCUUUCCUCCCACAUGAGGUGACAGGCAUGACAUGUUCCAAGGAAUGUAAUCCCGAGUCGGCCACCCCCUCACAUGUGAAUGGUCAAAGGGGAGCUAUAUGUGAAGUGUAUUCCUGUGCUCAUGAAAUUUACAACUGGUAAAUGUCAAUGACUUCUGUCACUUUGGGCUUUCUCCCAUUUAGUUGAAAAGCCAUGAUCUGACGGAGAUACUGUUAAUAAGAAAACAUAAAACUUUGUGGAUAACAACUUCUGGUUUAUUGGCGCAAGUGACGUUUCGCUGUAGAUUCUUACAGUUUUCAGCUGUAAUGCCAAUUUAAACAGAAAUAUUAUUCAAACAGUGCCAAACCUAACGCAGUUGACACACUCACUCACUCUCUUGGUAAAUAUAUAGGUGGGGGACACGGGUGUCCCAGGCGUCUAAGGCCCCGCAAUUCGCUGUGCAGAGUUGCAUCCCUUCAACACAUCAGAAACCUCAGUUUGUGGGCUCGAAUCCCUGUUCGCCCUGAUUAUGUUUCUAGGUUUGACAACACAAUCCCCAUGCUAGUGGGUUUCACCAAAGUGGUAAACAUCAAAGACCUGCACCACUUUGGGCUUUCCUCCACAUUAACCUCACACACCAUGAUAUAACUGAAAUACUGUUCAAAGCAGCAUUAAGCCCAACUGAACACACUAAUAAUGUACAGAUGGAUAUAUCAAGUAAGUGCCAUCAGUUACUUUGGUUUUAUUUGUUGCCGCUUUGGGAAAAGUGGUCAGUGCAUAGAACAUGGAACUCCAAACUUGCUGAUUUGCUGUGAAAUCAUUCCCUUUUGUAGUGGAUUGAUGUUCCCACUUUCCAUCUCUUGACUUCAAGUUUCAUCUCUAUCUCCGAGAGACCCCCUCCGUGGUCUAGUGGUAGAGCGUCCGCCCGGAAAGCGGAAGGUCCGGGGUUCGAUCCCCGACCGCGUCAUACCAAAAGACGUUAAAAGAUGGCACUUGUUGUUACCCUGUCUGGCGCUCGGCAUUAAGGGGCUAAAACAAGGACUGGUCGGCUCGGAGUCAGUAUACUGUGUCUGAGUGGGGUAUUCAUGUUAAACUGCGACAUGGUAUCUCAGUGAGCUAGCACUAUAAAUCAGCAUCAGUCCGGACUAGUACAAGCAGCCACACUAACACACACACGUACAUGCACGUCGCUAUAUAAGUGCAAUAAUCUUGGAUGCGACGUUAAACCCCAUUUCACCUCACCUAUCUCCAAGACUGCAGAUCACAAUGAGAGCCAAUAGCAGUGAACUGCUCUCCCUGAGUUACCCAUGUGUUUGUGAUUUAUUUCCAAACCAAACUUAGAAUGUUUUUUGUCUAAUAUGUUGUCUUUGCAUAUCUCAAGACACAGGGACCAUUUAUGAGUCUGUCUUUUUUGCAUAUCAUUUUGUGUAAGCUAGUUGUAUAUGGAUGCAAUAUGGUACCAUUUUGUGAUGGUAUAUUAAACAAUGUUCUGCUUGUCUCAUUGAAGUGAAUUUUGACUUUCUUUCUGAAUGGGUACUAGCAACUGAAUGUUUUGUUUAAAAAGAAUAUUGGUACAUUCUGUGUAGAAUUAUCAUUUUGAGUUUAUAUGCUGUUAUCUGUUUUUUUAUAUCAAAAUACAUUAUUCUGUUUAUUUUUGCAGUUUCUUGGUUGUGGUAUUUUAAGGUUUCAUUCUGAGUUGUGAUUUUAUUACAUAAUAUUCUUAUGACAUAAUCAAAAUCCAUGAUGCAAUUAUUGUCUUUUGUUAAUAUCUCCUUCAAUCAGAUUUCAAAUACAUUUAAAUGUAUGUUUUGCUAAAUUCAAAUUAAAUUGAAAAUUUUCACAAUGUUUUUCUAGACUGUAAUAUUCGUCAAAUACAAAAUCAUUUCAAAUUGUAUUCGAAAGAGUUUAUAUAUUCUUAUUACAUUGUUAAAUGAUCUAUAUGAGUUUAGCAGAUAAGCUGAUCACCACGCUUAAUCAAAUAUAUUUUGAGACAAUGAAAUGUGAAUUGUGAUCUUUAUUGAGAUUUAUUCAUAUUUGUGCACAAACCCUGCUGUUCAGAUGAUUGAAUCUCAAAGUUCAUAACUUCAAGCACUGUAGGUUGUUUGGGAAUGGUAUCGCUGAGAUUAGCAGGGCUUCACAUGUUGCUGUGAAGACAGUUAAGCAGUGAUUAGGGACAGUGGUGUAACCUAAUAGUAUUCCCUUGUCACUCUGGAGGCCUGGGUUUCAUUGACACAUUGGUACAAUAUGUGAAGCCCAUUUCACAUGUUCCUCGCCAUGAUGUUGCUGAAAUAAUGAUAAACGCUACUUAAAAACCUUACUCCCCCAACAACUGUCAGACUUUUAAGUCUGAAAACUAUAGAGGUGUUAACAGGAACUGGUAGAUGUAUUAGUACAACAGGUUUCUGGGUUAUGCAUUUCACCUCUUCUCUGACUGUACAUUGUGCAUAUCGUGUUUAGUUUGUCAUCCAUUCCCAUCAUUCAACAUAUCAGUGUUCAUUUCACCAGCACAUCUGAGCGUAAACUCUGUAUAUAUUUGUAAUAUGUUUUUAUCAUGUUUUUCAUCCUCCUCUUUGUACAUGAUCUCACAUCCUUUAGUUUGAAAAUGACAUUUACAUAAAGUAAAAAAUACACUAUUCCAUCUAAAAUGUAUAAGUGAUAGAAAUAUUGUCAAGACAUGGAUUGACAAAGAUUCGUUGAUGUCAGUCAUUUGAUAUGUUUUGUGGCCCAUUGUAUAAUGGGAUAACAGUGAGAUUGUCAUCCCUGCAUAAAGAAGUUCAUUCAAGAUGCAGUGGGAAGGAUUUAAUGGAUGCUCUGACUUAGAAAUAAUCUAAGUAGUGUGAUGCCAACAUAACCAUCCUCGUUUGUUGCAGCACAUUAUUGAUCUUUGUUACCAUGGUUACAGUUUUAUGUGUUUCAUGUUUCUGAAGCUAGAGAUGUUUCAGUAUCACCCUUGGGUUAAUCACCUAAUACCUGGGUACCGUUCAGUGUCAUAAAUCUCAUAUUUUUCAAUGGAGAAUAUGAUUGAAAUAAAAAAGAAUUUAAUCUUGCAAAUAUGAUUUUGUAUUCAGUGUGAAUGCACCUUAAUCAUUAAUACAAAUUCUUGACUUCUUAAUCCUGAGACAUUGACAAAUUCUUAUGUAAGAGUGUCAUUGUACAAAAUAUUUUCCCAGGACACAUUUGUUGAUUUCAUUUAUGCAUCCUAUCCCUGACCAUCAGUUGCUGUUACACCCAGGUACUGCAGCAUUUAGUGAUUAUUGAAGGGACACUACCCUAGUUUGCUAAUGUUUCAUCCAUUAGACUUACUUUUCCAACAAAUGCAAAAUUACACCCAAAUAUUACUUUAUAGUUCAGACUUUUAGAAUGCUUGUAUGCAAUGAUGGUGAUGUAUUUUUGUUUUUUUAUGUGACUAUUUGAAAGAAUCAUCAUGUGUCAGGGAUGGGGUGUUUGAUGGGAGAUCUCCAUCACUGCUGUUGUAUGUCACUGCCACAACCCUCCAUCAGGGACGAUAUAGUAGAGUGUAUUCCACACCCUUUUUGAGAUAGAUUGUAAAAUAAUAUUGUUAGUAAUACUUUAGAAUUAACAAAUUUUGAUACCCUCUCCCCUAUAGGAAUUUAAAAGGUGGUUUCAGCUGCUAUUGCUGCAGUUACAUUUAUUUUUAUAAAGCAGAUUACUUGCUUACAAUCAAAUAUGUACAGUUUGAUUGAUUUGAUCAAUUUUGGUACUUUAAUAAGUCCAGUUUUCAAGUGAAAGACUGUUUCCCAUCACAUCAACCAACCCAUGCUUGCUGUAAAAGGCGACUCUGCUUGUCCUUAGAGGCGACUUACGGGAUCAGGUGGUCAGGCUCGCUGACUUGGUUGAUGCAUGUCAUCGAUCCUAAUUGCGUGGAUCGAUGUGCAUGAUGUCAAUCACUGGAUUUUAUGGCCCAGACUCGAUUAUUUAUAGCCCGCCGUCAUUUAGCUGGAAUAUUGCUGAGUGUGGCGUUAAACAACAAACAAAGAAACCAUCACUUCCCAAUGCUUAGGAGAUAUUGGGUUAUCAUGUAAAAUACAUGUCUAAUGUGCAUUGAUUUAUGUCAGAAUUUAUUCAUAAUGUUUUAACAGUGCAUAACAGUGAACACUAGUGUGAGUUAAUGCUGUUUCAAAGUGGAAAACAAACAGUUUCCUUUUCUUUCCCCCAAAAACAUAAUGACAAACAGGACAUAUUCGUUAUGGCCUUAUUCAACCUAGAUGUAUUUUGAAAACUGAUCAUCUUUACAUAUUGAUCAAAUAUGCCGCAAUAGCAUGUGAGCCUUGUAUAGCAACUGAAUCCACAUAGCCACCUAUGGUUAUAUUGGUAGGUCAGGCUCCCUGACUUGGUUGAUGCAUGUCAUUGAUCCCAAUUGCGUUGAUCGAUGCUUAUUUUGUCAAUAACUGGAUUGUCUGGUCCAGACUCGAUUCCUUACAGACCACCGUCUUAUAGCUGGAAUAUUGCUGAGUGCGGCAUUAAACAACAAACAAACAAACAUAUUGUUAUACCAGAUAGGUCCUUGCUGUGUGCUAUGGUCUAGCAGCAGCCAGUUUGUCUUGAAUAAGGGACCAUCCAUUUCAUAUUCUGUACAUACAUUAAUCAACACACAAAAAACAAUCAUUCACUGAACAUGCAAAUGACCUGAAAAAAGUGUGUUGUAAAAAUAACAUGGUUGCUUAGCUCCUACCUAAGGGGGCGGUCGGGUAGCCUAGUGGUUAAAGCGGUUGCUUGUCACGCUGAGGACCCAGGUUCGAUUCACCGACAUGGGUACAAUGUGUGAAGCACAUUUCUGGUCUCCCCCAGCAGUGAUAUUGCUGGAAUAUUGCUAAAAGCGGCAUAAAACCAAACUCACACACUCCUACCUUUGGACACAAAAAUUGAAUGUAUGACCAGAAUAUUUAAUGGUUGUUCCCUUCAAGUUUUUGAGUUGAUGAGGUUUAACUGUAGUACAUAGAUUUUCCUGCAAGUAGCUUCAUGCUAGCCUUAUAGUGCUGUAUUCCUGUCAUACAGUAGCAGCAAAUCUGAUGGUAUUUUGUUACAAUUUACACCCCUUUUCUAACAAAGCAGCUUGUUUGAUAGUAUUAAAUAUGUUACCAGUG